GAGGGGGCGUCACACAAGUUUUUACGCUAAACAAAACCCUUGCCCAAGUCCACCUCCCUCCUUUUCCCUCGUUCCUCCAUCGCUGUUCACUGUUCGCCGUCAGACAUCAGAUGUAUAGAAACAAGGCGGCGCGUUUGAGCAUCACCAAUAUCAGGAUACUGACCAAGCUAUGCGGGCCAUCUACAAUUUCUUCCGGUUCUGCUAAACCUGUUCGCAAUUUUUUGAGAAAUCUAAGCACUGCCGCUGAAAAAUCUGAUUUUAUUAACGACUCCAAUGGUUUCGGUGGAGAAAAUUAUGUUCAAGCUCCCAGUGUUUGGAGUUCUCAGGAAUCUCCAGAGAGAUUCCAUACUGGAAAUGUCAAUGGCACAACGCAAAAUGGGAGCUUUUCCUCAGGCUAUGUUGAAUACCAAAACAGAAACGAGUAUACGCAGAACCCUAUUGGGCAGAAUGGAAAUAUUAACAGCCAUCAUUUGGGAAAUUAUGGGCAUUCAUGGGAAAGUUCAGGUGGAUUAAAUGCGGGAAGUUAUUGGGGUUCACAGAAUGGUUCGGCUCCUCAGGUGGUUAAUAACACGGAAUUUGCAUAUACACAGCAACAACAGCAACAUCAAACUGUUCAUGGCCACUACGGAAAUGCAAACCAUAUGCCACAGCAAAGUGUAGGCUACCAUCACUUGGACAAUCAUCCGAACGUUCAAAUGCAUCAGACCGGUGGUACCUUCAACGAGCCUCAUAGACCAGGUCACUAUUGGAAUGGAAACCACAGACCGCAGCAAAGUGUAGGCAACUAUCAAUUUGAGGGUCAGCCAGAUAGUCCUAUUCAUCAAACUAGUAGUGCCCUGAAUGAGCCAUAUAGACCUGGUAACUAUUUUCCUGGAAAUAGUGAAGGAUACCAGCAACAAACAAGUGGGACUAACUAUCUUAAUGCUGGACACUCUCAGUGGAAUUCAAAUGAGUUGCAAAAUGCUACAGUGGAUCCCCAAGUGCAUCAGGAAGAAGAUGAUGGAAGUGUAAAGGGAACAAUUGAGGAACUCGAUCAUUUCUGCAAAGAGGGAAAGAUUGAGGAAGCCAUUAAGGUUCUUGGUUUGCUAGAGCAGCUUCAUGUAUCAGUUGACUUACCUAGGUAUCUGUCUCUAAUGAUUUUGUGUGCUGAGAAUAGAGCCUUAGAAGAAGCCAAAGCAGUUCAUGAGAACCUAAUGAGGUCUGGAAUUCAUUUGGAAGUCAAAACUUACAACAAAGUUCUGGAGAUGUACGGCAAAUGUGGUUCCAUGGAUGAUGCACUUGCAGUAUUUAAUCAAAUGAAUAAACGUAAUAUCACAUCUUGGGAUCGAAUGAUCACUUGGUACGGUAGAAAUGGCCUAGGAGAAGAUGCUCUUGAGUUAUUCACUCAAUUUAAAGAGACGGGAUGGAAACCUGAUUCUAAAAUCUUUUUGGGGGUCUUCUCUGCAUGUGGUGAAGUAGGUGACAUCAUUGAGGGAAUGCUUCACUUUGAAUCAAUGAGCAAGGACUAUGGCAUUGUUCCCUCCAUGGAUCAUUAUGUGAGUGUUGUAAAGAUGAUGGGAAGUGCGGGCUAUUUAGAUGAAGCUUUAGAAUUCAUAGAAAGAAUGCCCAUCAAACCAAGCGUCGAUGUUUGGAAAACCUUGAUGAGGUUAUGUAGAAUUCAUGGAAAUCAUGAACUUGGGGAUCGUUGUACUGAGAUUGUAGAGAUCAUUGAACCCUCUUUUUUGGAUGAGCAAUCAAGGGCAGGGCUAAUACCAAUUACAGCUUCAGACAUCGCAAAAGAAAAAAGAUUAAAGAAAUCAACCAGUCAAAGCCUUCUAGAAGCUCGAAGCAGGGUACAUGAAUAUAGAGCUGGAGAUAGAUCUUGCCCUGAUCAUGAAAAACUUUAUGCUCUUUUGCGUGGGAUGAGACAGCAAAUGAAAGAGGCUGGUUAUAUAGCAGAGGUUAAGUUUGUGCUUCAUGACAUUGACCAUGAAGGUAAGGAGGAAGCAAUUAUGGCACAUAGCGAGAAGCUUGCUGUUGCUAGAGGUCUUAUUGACAGUCCAGCUCGGGCAUCCAUACGGAUUAUAAAAAAUCUCAGGAUUUGUGGGGAUUGCCAUAGUGCAAUGAAGAUUAUCUCUAAAUUGGUUGGUAGGGAACUUAUCAUACGUGAUGCAAAGCGAUUUCAUCAUUUCAGAGAUGGAUUAUGCUCAUGUCGUGAUUAUUGGUGAUUAUAAUGAUUGACAUAAGAGGUAAGAAUUCUUCUUGUUACCAUGAAAGAGGUUUUUGGAGUUUGAAGUGCAUAAACGUGAUGAAAGUGGAAUGGAAACCGUGUUAAAAAAAUUCAUGUACCAUAUUUUAUGAUUCUACUUUAUUGAAUCCUUGCUUUUCAAUUCAAAGCAAAGCAUAUCUUGUAAAAUUUUAUUGGUAAUUUAUUCAUAAGCAAGGCUAGUGCCAAUUCAAGAAUGUAACUUAAGCAUGAUUGUACUGUCAGUGAGCUUCAUCUCUGAAUUAUAGUUCGGUUUUUGACGUUCCUUACCCCAAUUACACACUUCUGAUGGAUUUACACAGGUAGAUUAGGUACCUAAAAGAGUGCACUUCUUUAUUAUGUUUUUGAAGGUUGCUGUGAAGUGCAUUGUAAUAUCUCUCUCUCUCUCACACACACACAUAUAUAGAGUUACUACUGUCUUAGUAUGACAUUGUACUCCUGUGUGUCCUGAGCUAAUUUCCCUAUAGUCGAUCCUCUGUCCUGUACUACAAGAAUUGGUGGACUGUUAAGAAGUAGCAAAACUUUUUGUUGGCUGCGCAAAAAUACAUUGUAUUUCCAGAAGAGAUUGCAUUUUCAG